AGCGCACACACUCGCAGGACGACAGCUCAAAGCGACAAACCAUCGGGUAAAAGUAACUCAAGACUCAACUUUCUUUGUGUGCAGUCUUUCAAAUGCUGUUGUACUUUUUAUUGAAAGCGGGCGCAGGUGGUUUUGGGUGAUAUAAAGUGAUGAAAGCGACGUAGAAAAGUCGGCAACCAUUUCACCGCUUGGCUGGGGUCAGUAACCUGUAUGCGGAUUACUGGAACAGAAGAUAGUAUUUAGCGUGCUGCGGAGACACACACGUCGUCCCUUCACUCCUUCCUCUGCUUUUUCACCAAAGUGGACUAAAAGAAAAUACUUGUUUGGGUGUGAAGACGACGACGAGGUUCCAUCAAGAAAAGUCAGCAGGAUUUGGAGCAAAAUAACAAAGAUAGGACAAGGACAUCAUCUUCAGUUGUCGUCUGCCAUUUAUUGUGCACUGAUGUAUGCUGAAAAGAUUGGAAAAGAGAGCAAGAUGGGGAGUAAGGGGAUCUCUCUCACCUGUGUAUUAACCCCUUGCCGGGUGAUGGGUGUGUGUGUGAUGCUGAUGACCUUGGCAGCCAUCGGAGCAGCAAUCUGGGCCGUAGUUUCAUAUUGCACUUUGGAGGAAGACACAGGAUUCUACGAUGUCCAAGUUAAUUCUGCUGACCAACAUCUCAGAGUGUUUGAUUCCGCCCAGAAGAGGUGGCGUCAAGUGUGCUCCUCCUCAGCCAAUGAGAUGCUGGCUAGCAUCAGCUGUGAGGAAGUGGGCUUUGUCAGUGUGGUGAAUUAUUCAAUCACGUCUGUGCCGGAUGCCGGUGGUGAAGGUGACGAGUUUUUCUGUGUCAGGACCAACGAGUUGAGCUAUGGCAAGAAAAUCAAAGACUCUUUGUUCCCAUGUGACUGUGAGAGCAAGGAGGUUCUCACAUUGUUGUGCCAAGACUGUGGCAGGCGUAGUUUUGCAGCGGACCGAAUAGUUGGUGGCGUGAAUGCGAGGCAAGGCAGUUGGCCGUGGCAGGUCAGCUUGCAGUACAAUGGAGAUCAUCAGUGUGGAGGUUCCAUCAUCUCAGACCGCUGGAUUGUCUCUGCAGCUCACUGCUUCCCCGCACGUCUUAGCGUCAUCAGUCGAUGGCGUGUGCUGCUGGGCUCCAUCUACAACAAACCUGGCGAUGCCAUUGUGGCGGAAGUGAAAACUAUUGUUUACCACAGCAGCUACUUGCCCUUUGUGGACCCUAACAUUGACGACAACAGCAGAGACAUUGCUGUACUGGCCCUCACCCAGCCACUCACCUUCAAUGAGUACAUCCAACCUGUUUGCCUGCCAGCAUACGGUCAAAGACUGAUUGAUGGACAGAUGGGCACGGUAACAGGCUGGGGAAACGUUGAAUACUUUGGUAAUCCAGCAAACGUUCUACAAGAGGUGAACAUCCCCAUCAUCAGUGACGCUGUAUGUAAUGCCCCGGAUUACUAUGACAACCAGAUCACCACCAGCAUGUUCUGUGCUGGCUAUGUAAAGGGAAACAUUGACUCCUGCCAGGGUGACAGUGGAGGCCCCUUUGUGGCAGAGGACUGCUUGUCAAAGACCAGCCGUUACCGUUUGCUGGGGGUUGUGAGCUGGGGAACAGGAUGUGCCAUGGCCAAGAAACCUGGCGUUUACAGCAGGGUGUCCCGAUUUCUUCCUUGGAUAUCUACAGCCAUGAGGAACUAUAACAAUUCACCAGGAGUUCAUAAAAUGGCCCGGACAUGACUUUUCUGAAGUUUUCUAUGCUUGCUAUUCCUGCUCAAGAGUGUUUGCCAACCCUGUAAGUGUGAAUGAGAAGCAUAUGAUUGUUUGUCAAGUUCACACCAUAUCAUGGUUUUUACAUUUCUUCUUUAUCCAGCAUUACGGAUGUGUACCUUACAAAAGCCAGCAACAGUAUUCUGAGAAAUACUCAGAAAUAAUGGUCAUAUUAAUUAUUUAAAGGUAGUAACGUCAAGACUAGUAUUCAGAAUUGUGUGUCUAUCGACAAAUAAUGUGGCUUAUUGAAGAGAGUGAGUGUUGUUAAAUGGUAUACCAUUUACCAUUACUCUGGUUACUUGUGACAUCAGCAUGUACAAUUCAUAGUAUUAAACCAGUUAAAGAAAUGCAAAGCUCAUAUAUGCAAUGCAAAUGUAAUUGAGUUUGCAAAAGAGCUUUGGAACACUGUCAGUAAACACUUGUAAAAGCCAUACAUUCACACCACCAAUGUUCUUGUACUAAUAGAAAAGGGUCAUGCGUUCUGUUGUUUUGACUCAGAUCGUAUUUGGAAGUCAUGGAUGUAUGAUCUGUUGUAAAGACCCAACACUGAAGAGUCAUCUGCCACUGGACAGGUGAUACAAUAGCUGUUAACUUGCCCCUGUGCCAAUUUUGUUGUGUUAAAGGUGUCAAAUUAAGACAAAUAAUAUUUGUCUGAAAACAAUUGUAGAAGUUCUUUAGAAAAAACGUGUCCUUACAAUUUUUUUAGCGCUGUAGAUUCAUAUGGAUAAGCUCAACUUGUCACAAAUGUAUCGAAUGUACUGCGUUUAACAAACAACCUAGGGCCUGAUCUACUAAAGAUGUACCGGGCAUUUAAAACGCGUGCAAACCUAAUCUACUAAACUCGUGGGCUGAGGAUUGCAUCUCUUAAAUGACCAAAAUAGCAUGACUGUUUUCAUGUAUAUGCAGAUUGUAUGCAGGGCCACCUUUAACCUAAGGGUGAGCCAGUCAACUUCAAGUAAAGUGGUAGCGAUCUGAGGUACUGCCUGUGCUUUUAGCUCAGUAGUACGCUGACCUUUCACACGGGCGACCUGGGUUUGCGCCCCGCUCGGAGCAGUGACAUAGGGAGAGCGAGAGCGAGAUGAUAAUGCAAAACUAUAUAUCAGACAAGCGAAGCAAAGCAAAUGACUUCGCCCCGUCCAGAGGAGGCAAACAGAAGUGAAGAGAAUUAUAUUUAUAUAGGGCUUUUCUCUAGUGACUCAAAGCGAUUUACAUAGUGAAACAGGAAGUGGAACAAAAAAUUAAGAGCCCUGGACAGGAACAAAUACAAAAUACAGUAGGCUGACAAUAAUUGUCAUGUCAGAUCAUGACACCAUUGCAGGUAUUGCCGGCUUCUCCCAGAGCGCACCUACGGUUCCGUUCAAAGGUGCGCCUGUAAAAGCCCAGAAAACGUGACACGCUAUUUAGCACUUAUUUGGGAUCUAGUAGAUCAGGCCUAUAGUGUGUUAAUUUUCAAACAAAGAUUUUCUUCGUGUCAUAUAGUCCACAUUUUAAACAACUAUGGCUAUGGUUUAUCUCCCAUCUUGACUUUAUACUGCAACACAUUUGACACACAAUCUGUGGAUUGAGGAUGACCUGGUCAAGGUGAUGCGCUGUGUUUUGUUGUUUUGUAAAUACUAGUUGAUGCCUUGUGUAUGUAGCAUGUUUCCAUCCAUUGUUUUUUGGAUGAUCUUCAGAUCUGUAUGCCCACAGUGCAAUAAAUCAUGUUCUUAGAAACGAUAAUGCUUUCUACUUGAAUA